GGUCACGUGACAGCUAAGAUGGCGGCGUCCUGGGUGCUGCUGCUGGAGCUGUGUCUGCUGCUGGCUCUGCCGCUUCUGCUGCUGGGCGGAUGGAAGCGCUGGCGGCGGGGGAACGCCGCCCGGCACGUGGUCGUGGUGGUGCUGGGCGACGUGGGCCGCAGCCCUCGCAUGCAGUACCACGCGCUGUCGCUAGCCAAGCACGGUUUCUCCGUGACGCUACUGGGCUUCUGCAACUCCAGGCCCCGCGCCGAGCUCUUGCGCAGUGACAAGAUUGAGAUUGUGAAGUUGUCGGAACCACCUCGGCUUGCAGUGGGGUCCCGCAUUCUGCAGUAUGGAAUCACAGUGGUGUUUCAUGCCGUGCACUUGCUAUGGAUGUUGAUGCGCACGGAGCCAGCUGCCUACAUCUUUCUCCAGAACCCCCCAGGCCUUCCUGGCAUUGCUGUCUGCUGGCUUGCAAGCUGCUUUUGUGGGAGUAAGCUCGUCGUUGACUGGCACAACUACGGCUACUCCAUCAUGGGCCUGGUGCAUGGCCCCAGCCAUCCCAUCGUUCUGUUGGCCAAAUGGUAUGAGAGGUUCUUUGGGCGCCUGACCCACCUGAACCUGUGUGUGACCAACGCCAUGCAGGCGGACCUGGCAGAGAACUGGCACAUCAAAGCUGUGACUGUCUAUGACAAGCCGGCAUCAUUCUUUAAAGAGACGCCACUGGACCUGCAACAUGAACUGUUCCUGAAGUUGGGCCGCACCCACCCACCCUUCAGGGCCCGUUCGGAGCCCUCGGACCCAGCUGUAGAGAGAUCAGCCUUCACAGAAUGGGAUCCUCGGAGCGGAACGGUGACUCAUCUGCGCGGCCGACCAGCCCUGCUGGUUAGCAGCACGAGCUGGACAGAGGAUGAGGACUUCUCCAUCCUGCUGGCUGCCUUAGAAAAAUUUGAACAGCUGAGUCUACAUGGAGACAGCCUUCCUCCUCUAGUGUGCGUGAUAACAGGCAAAGGGCCCCUGAAGGAGUACUACAGCCGCCUGCUGGGCCAGCGGAAUUUCCAGCACAUCCAGGUGUGCACCCCGUGGCUGGAGGCCGAGGACUACCCGCUGCUCCUGGGCUCAGCUGACCUGGGUGUGUGUCUGCACAAGUCCUCCAGUGGCCUGGACCUGCCCAUGAAGGUGGUGGACAUGUUUGGGUGUUGCCUGCCUGUGUGUGCAGUGACCUUCAAAUGUUUACAUGAGCUUGUGAAGCACGAGGAGAAUGGCCUGGUCUUCAAGGACUCAGACGAACUGGCUGCUCAGUUUCAGAUGCUUUUCUCAGAGUUCCCGGAUCCUGUUGGCAAGCUGAACCUGUUCCGGAAGAACCUCCGGGAAUCGCAGCAGCUGCGGUGGGAUGAAAGCUGGGAGCGAACUGUGCUGCCCCUGCUGACGGACACCUGAUCCCUGCUGUCCAACCUGCCAGUGGCUGGGAGGCAGGACGACAGCAGUGCAAGUUUCCAUUCUAGCAACAGGAUCCAUAGGGCACCUCUGGCCUCUCAUUUGUCCUGCUCCUGCCUGCUUGCUUCUGCACAUGUCAGCACAGUGCCCUCUGCCCUACCAUGUCCCUUGCGUUCUGACUCCUGCAGCACCAUGCUGUGCUGAGGCCUGGGAAGACCGAACUCGAUAGGCAUCUUCGUGUGCACGUAGAAAUGCUGAUGGCUGAGCUGUGCCCCCUUCUGCUCAGCAAGGACACACCUACAGUUCCUGGUUUACAACUGGACCUUCCCCAACACUGUAGCCCAGAGAUGGGUCGUCAGCCUUGCUGCGUGAGUCACCUUUCUGCGAAGCCUGCAGUCCCAGCCUCUACAGCGUCAGCUUCAGAACCACCACCUCCCAGUGCUCCUCGUAAGCAAACAGAGUGCGGUCGUGGGGAGGCACUGCCUCCCAGCUGAUCCCAGCCUGGCCUGUAAGCAGAGCACAUAUGUCAUGGGCCAGAGGUAUUAGAGACGUGUAUCAGAAUAGCUGCUGCUCUGCGUGGCUCAGACUUCCAGGUACAUCCUGGAAACUCAAUCCAACCUGCCAGGUGGCACAAGGACCCUCUCAAUCAGCAGUGACAACAGCCAGGUGGCCCUGCCCCAACUGUACUCAGCAUAGGCUGGGACAGGCCCAAGAUCUGAACCACAUUGGGGAGCUCAGACAGGAAGGGUCACAGGCACUAUCUGUUGGCAGUAAAACCUCAGCAUAUGCAGGAAAGACAGAGUCCUGCAAUAAAGACAGAAGCAUGCAAGCCUGUG